AGUACUCUUUCUCUCAAUUUAAAUUGUCUUGUUUUUUCUAUCCCAAAAUAAGUUACCUAUUAGUUUUUUUAGUAAACUUUUAUCCACCACCUUCAUCCAUCUCUGCACAUCGCUUUCCCCAAUUCUAGGGUUUUCGUGUUGCAGUCCUUCAUCGAUCCACAACUGUACCAAGAUAUGGAUAUAGUCGAUUGUAUCAUAUAACUUACAUAUUUUAGAAUUAUACGGAGUACUGGAAUUCCAUGGUGAACAGCGAUUUGUUCUGGUCCAAGCGAUCUCGCAUUUCUUCUAUAAACACAUCAAUCGAUCUCGCAAGCCAUCGGGAAGGCGUUUGAAUGAUGGCGGAGGUGACGACGGAGAAGAGCUCGUCUCCGGAUGCUGCCCCGGAGGAGAAGGUGAGGAAGGAGGAGGACAUUGCUCUAGAUCCCGACUUCUUCUGUUGUAUGCUUCAGCCUUCGCCUGCUGACUCCGAUCCUAACUAUGUCGGAAUUCGCCGUCUUCUUCUCCACCGAAAAGCCCAGUCCGGUCUUCUCUGCCGCAAAGAUUGGAGAAGCAAUGGAAAGGGCUAUGUGGCCUAUCGUAAUUUCAUUAGUCGGCCAAAGAAUUGGGAAAGAUUGCAGAUACCAAGCCGCUCGAGCACCCCAGGGAACAGUGGGCGUUGGCUACCAUCUCCAAACCGGCUAUCUCAUUUGUUUGAGGCAGACAGCUGGAGUACUAGCAGGGAUCUACCAAAUAUUGGUCAAAGUCAAGCAUUAAGUCACACUACGAGUUUCAGUUCAAAUGCAAGUGAUAGUGACCGUCCACAUAAAAAGUCAGAACCUGCAUAUUCGUUUGUUGGGAUGCAUUGCAUCUUUGACAAAUGCAAGGCCAUGGUUACGGUCAUAAAGUUUGGGCACAUGAGUUCUGACCUGCUAGCGUAUGGGGCAUCAGAUGGGAGUUUGACAGUGUGCACUGUCUCUAUGCCUCCUUCUAUUCUUAAAGAGUUGAUAGGGCAUACAAAAGAUAUCACAGAUUUUGACUUCUCCACAAAUAACCAAUACAUUGCCUCAUCUUCAAUGGAUAAAACUGUGCGAGUAUGGGAUAUUUCCAAAGGCCUAUGUGUUAGGGUGAUAUAUGGAACGUGCUCACAGCUAUGUAUCCGCUUUCAUCCUGUAAAUAAUAACUUUCUUUCAGCUGGAAAUUCAAAUAAAGAAAUAAAUGUGUUCAAUUUCAGCACUGGGAGAACAAUUAGCAAAGCUAACUUUGACGGGGAAGUAACUGCUUUGGAUCAUGAUCACACUGGUCAGCUUAUUUUCUGUGGUGAUGGUCAGGGAUGUAUAUACACAGUUUGUAUGGACUCUCGUAAAGGUACAGUGUCUAGAUCUCGUAGGCAUUGGAGUAGCAGCAAACACAGAACAACAGUUACAAGUGUUCAAUACAGAACAUUCUCUCUGCUAGCACGCGGCCCCGUGUUGCUGACUUUUACUCGUGAUGGCAACUUGUCUUUCUUCAGUGUCUCUUUGGAGGUGCAGGGUUAUCUGACCCUUCGUUGCUCGCUAAAAUUAGCUCCGCGGUUGCACAGCAUCCGUGCAGCUUUCUGUCCCCUAUUGUCCCUUGAAAAAGGAGAGUACAUUGUGGCUGGAAGUGAGGAUGCAAAUGUGUACUUCUACGAUUUAACCCGGCCAAAGGGUACUUGUGUUAACAAGCUUCAGGGCCAUGGAUAUCCAGUGAUAGGAAUUGCUUGGAACCACGGUGACAACUUGUUGGCCUCUUCUGAUUUUGGUGGCACCGUGAUUGUAUGGAAGCGAGCCAAGACAACUUAACACAAUCAUCGUUUUUAUUUUUAUUUUUUAAAAUUUAUUUAUUUUUUGAAAGGAAAACAAUAAAAAAACGAUCUCAUAUUUGAAUGUCAUGUGGGUGUACGCCUCUUGCAUCAAUGAGUUGGUUGUAUAGACUUGUUACGCUCUUACAAGGUCACGGUAGAGCCUUGUGUGUACUCCAUUGCAAGGUAUGAGACUUGAGUCCCGGUUCGGUUAAAUGGGUGAUUGGUGUGGGAUUUAUAUCAACCACUGAACUACCCCCUUGGCGGGUGGUGCUUAAUGAGCAUUUUGUGUUGCAGCAAGUGUAAGUUUUUUUGCACCUUAAUUUUAAUUGGAGUAUGAUACCCAUAGUUUAGAGUUUGGCAAA